UGGGCAAACACGCAGUACUGGACUCUGCUCUGUUCCGUUCGUAAUGCUGUCACACUGUUGUUUUAGGUUUGUAAAGUUUAAGUGACAGCUGAUUUCAAGCCUCUUCUCGGAUGCAUUAUACUGACUUUUCUGAGAACAUCUACUGUGUUUACUUUCCUCACCCUCUCACCCUUUUUCUUUAUCUAUGGAAACUCUGAGGGGGAUCAAAAUAUACCAGCAAUCGCUCAAUAUUUCAACACAAAAGGAAGGUACGAGGAAGUAAACCCACAUCUUAUAGAGGACAUUCUCGCUGUGAACAGAUCUAUUUUACAGCUUCCAUCUGCACAAUGCCAAGAAAUUCACCUGACUGCGAUUAUAAGACAUGGAACGAGGUACCCUACAAGCAAACUCAUUAAGGAAAUGCAGCAGCUCUACAAUAUCACCGUGCAUCAUGCCUCAGGUGAAGAAAACUGGCUGCAGGAGGUCCUAACCCAGUGGAGAAUGUGGUACACAGAGGACAUGGAUGGCAGACUGGUCCAGAAAGGAGUGGAUGAACUCAAGCACUUAGCUGUCAGGCUGUCAAAGCUGUUCCCCUCAUUGAUCUCAGAGGAGAAGCUCAGAAAUGGACACAUCAGAUUUAUAACCAGCUCAAAGCACAGGUGUGUCAACAGCACUCUGUCCUUCAAGGCAGGCCUGACAGAGCUGUGGGCCAUCACAGGUAUGACCACGUGAUAUCAUUAUGGUUUAGCACUUCCAUUCACUUUCAUUAAAACCUGCUGAUUUAUUUUCGCAGAUAAGGAGUUUGACCAUGAAGUGAACGAUGCACUUGUGAGGUUUUUUGACCAGUGUGCUAGAUUUGUGGAGGAAGUUGAUAAAAACCCUUCAGCUGUGGAGGAGGUGGAAAAGUUUAAGCAGGGACCAGAGAUGAGGAGAGUCCAGGAGAAGAUUGCAGACCGUCUCAGAGUGCCACACAGUCUCAUCACACAAGGUUGUAUCUGCAGAAAACCUACCUUUUAACCUUUCUGAGUGAUAUGUGCACGCUUCUUUCAGUAUUUGUCCUUCUGCAUUACUCCACAAAGGCAUGAUUUCAGUGGUCUUAUGUGAAGAGAGUGAUCCUUCAUUUUGUAAAGUUGUUUUUGCCUUUUUACAGCCUGAAACAGACUUAAUGUUAGUUAUUUAAGGUAAAAUAAUGAAUAUCAGGAGUUAGGCACUACUAUAUUAAAACAAAUCACAGUGGCCAAUAGGUGGAGCUAUUUUCAAAAAUUGCAGUACCAAGGCCUCCACAACAGGUUUUGAUCAUAGUAUUACAGGUUUUUACACAUACAUAGUUGUCACGAGAUUGUCACAAGAUCAUAAAGCAUCAAUAAAUUGACCUUCCUUAGAUUUUUAACCUUAAUAAUUGCUCCUAAUACAAACAGUCUGGAAGUGUUCCAUUAAAAGUGAUACAAAACCAUAAACUGAAUAAUAUGUACUAUUGUAUUUUGGCUUGUAAGAUUCUUAAAUAAUAUAAUUAUCUCGUACACUGAAAAAACCUUCCUGCUUUUCUCCUGCAGAUUUGGCUGAAGCUGCAUUUUAUUUGUGUGCUUAUGAAUUUGCAAUCAAGGAGGUGAACUCCCCCUGGUGUCAGCUUUUUGAUGAGGAUGAUGCAAAGGUAGGAGAGAAUGGUGGUCGACUAUAAGUGGUUUGAAUGUGGCAACAAGUACUUAUGUUUGUUGGCCUAAUGACAUUUAUCCAGGAGGAAGCUGAACUGAAGAUUCAAGUGUCUCAGCCUUUAUUACAGUGCAUUUAAAGGGGAUGUUUCAUACACAAAUGGCCAUUUUUUUUACAGUGGGAAAGCAUAGAGGUGGAUAUGUGGCUUUUGAGUGGCCGCUCAGCUAAAUGGAAAUCAGGCAUUAUUCAUUUGUCAUUUUUAACUUUGACAUGUUUAUCCUGUAUCCUGUGAGGAGUGCACAUCCCAAAAAUAGUGCUGAGUUUCAAAAAUGUUACAGCUUUGGCAUAAAAUAUAUGCACAGUUUUAUCCUGACAAGUUUGUUUAUUUUAGGAGUUUUCAGUCACCAAGUAACAAGAUGUUCCUGUACAUAAUGCAAAUAUUUGCAAAUGCAUAUGCAAAUAUUGUUUAUAUUUAUCCCGAGCUUAUCUCCCACAACAUUUUAGAGGUGAGGCAAGGAACCAGUACCUUCAUCACAGAAAUAUGUCUAUGUUUAUUUUGCCCUUAUAUUGAAGCAAACAUACUCAGAGGCGUUUAAGGUGCACACUGGGUCAAAUGAGGGCAAAGAAAUGUACAGAAACUACCAGAGCUUUGGAGUCCAACACAAACAGGACAAAGCAAACAAAUAACCCCAUCUUACUAGGUCAGAGGCACAGAGCACCUUCAGAGUCAGACAAAUCAUUUAGAUAUCCAAUUACUUGUUUCUGAGAAGAGGGGAUGGCCGUCAAAAGCAACUUAAAAUAGCAGGAAAGACUUUUCCAUCUCUGUUUGCUUUUUAUUCUGAAAGAAAGCCCUUGACAUUAUGCUCACAACAAAGAGCAAUUGUGUCUUGUGUUUCGAGCUGACCUAACCUGACCUGAGAUGUCAUCUCAGACUGCUUCACAAACUCUCUUGGGAUACUCCUCUUUUUAAAAGCUUUCUCAUAAGUACAGUCACACCAGGUUAUCUUUGGGAUACAUCUGCACUCACAGGUGAUGGAGUACGCAAGUGACCUGAGGGAAUUCUGGAAAAGAGGCUACGGUCAUGACAUAAACAGCAAAUCAAGCUGCAACCUCUUCCAUGAUGUGUUUAGGCGACUGGACCGAGCAGCAAGACAGAACAAGUCAGUAACAUAACUCAUCAUUGCUUAGUGCACUAGUAGAAUCUGCUUUACUGUACAUGUAUUUCCUUAUAAAGUACAUCUUGUUUGUGCUGGAGUGAAAAUUGUACUUCAUUCUGAAUCCAUUUGGUCUCACCAGAACAGGCCAGCAGGUCACAGAAGCUGUGACUAUCCAAGUGGGCCAUGCUGACACCCUGCUGCCCCUGCUCACCCUCCUGGGCUUCUUUAAGGACAGCAGUCCUCUGACCUCCACCAACUACGCCACUCAGACCCAACGAACCUUCCGCACCAGUCACAUGUUACCUUACGCAGCUAACUUAGUCCUGGUACUGUACGACUGUGGAAAUGGUGAGCUGAGAUUGCAGCCGCUGCUCAAUGAGAAGCCUGUAACUUUCCCUGUUUUGACCGAGGCCUCCAUGCCUCUGUAUCAGGAAGUCAGAGAGCGCUACAGGGACCUGCUCCAAGGCUGUGACUUUGAGACAGAGUGUCAGCUGCCCAAGAAUCCUGAUAAAGUUAUGGCAGAUGGGCCAGAAAUGAUACUGAAUUAGUUGAUUUUAUUUGCUCUACUUUGGACAUGCUCCUUCUACUCAAGUGUAGCUGGUUGAAAAUGACUUUUUUGCUCAAAAUGAGCAUUUUCAGACAGCUCUUUGUAAGCACUGAAUCAAAAAUUUUUCAUAAGAUAACCCAUUGUGUUGUAGAUUUCUUGUGGCAAAUCAAUAAAGGCACAACUAAUACAGAACCACUAAA